AUGGGCAAGACAAGCUCCCCGCCGCAGCCUCCGGCUCACUCGGAAGAGGUCAAGCUGUCAUUUCCGCAGGAGCAUGUCAUGCUCUUAACGUUCAACAGGCCAAAGUCACUGAAUGCGAUCACGCCGACCAUGACUUCGGAUAUCAAAACCAUUCUGGACUGGUUUGACAAUGAGCCUAGUCUUUGGGUACUCGUCGUCACCGGUGAAGGCCGCACGUUCUGUGCAGGCGCAGACCUAUUCGCGUGGAACAAACGCCAGGCCACGCAAGGCGGCGACGGAGACCAAGCGGAUGUCCUCGGGUUGCCAGACGGCUUCGCCUCCCUUUCACGCCGCUUCCCGACCUCCAAGCCCGUCAUCGCGGCCGUGAACGGCGGCGCUUACGGAGGCGGGAUGGAGCUCAUCCUCAACUGCGACAUAGUUAUCGCCAGUGCGGACGCGAAGCUAGCGCUGCCCGAGGUCAAGCGGGGAGUCGUCGCUGUCCAGGGAGGCAUGCCGCGUCUUGCGCGUAUAGCAGGACAUCAGUUGGCGAGCGAGAUGCUGCUCACGGGCAAGGCGAUCACAGCACAAGACGCGGCGACACGCUUCGGCUUCGUAAACCAGGUGGUCCCGAAGGAGAAGGUCAUCUCGACGGCACUGGCCUGGGCGGCUGAGAUUAACUCGAAUAGCCCUGACUCCGUGCAGAGCACGAAACGCGCUCUGUUGCUCGCUGGCCGUCUGGGAGUGGAGGAAACGGUAAUUGCGCAUAUCAACUCUGCGGAAAGUAAGAGGCAGUUCCGCAGUGAGAACAUCCAGGAGGGACUGAGGGCGUUCACCGAAAAACGCCAACCAGUGUGGAAGAACCCCGCAAAACUGUAA